AUGUUGGCUAACGUUUUCUCGUGGCAGUCGGACGUAGAAGACAACACCCCCGAGGUCGCCGAUGUUGUUGAGGUUUCCGGCGAUGCCCCCAAGGGCCAGAUGUCCAUUCUCGACGCUCUCAAGGGUGUCCUGAAGCUCUCUCUUAUGCACGACGGUCUCGCUCGUGGUCUCCGUGAGGCUUCCAAGGCCCUCGAUCGCCGACAGGCACACAUGUGUGUCUUGAACGAGAACUGCGAGGAGGAGGCCUACAAGAAGCUUGUUGUCGCUCUCUGCAACGAGCACAACAUCCCCUUGAUCCAGAUCCCCGACGGAAAGCAGCUCGGCGAGUGGGCCGGUCUCUGCGUUCUUGACCGUGAGGGUAACGCCCGCAAGGUCGUCAACUGCUCUUGCGUCGUCGUCAAGGACUGGGGUGAGGAGUCUCAGGAGCGAUCUAUCCUUCUCAACUAUUUCCAGACUGAGCAGUAA